AAUGUGGAUAUGUCAUCAGUAUUAUGGCAAUUUAUUUUAUGACGGAGCCUCUUCCGUUGGCUGUAACUGCUCUUAUUCCAGUGGUUCUCUUUCCUCUUCUGGGAGUGCUUACUACUGCAGAAACGUGCACACCUUACAUGAAAGACACAAUCAUGAUGUAUGUCGGAGGCUUAACUAUAGCAUCAGCAGUAGAGCAUUGCAAUUUGCAUAAAAGAAUUGCUCUAAAAGUUCUUUUAACGAUAGGAACCGGUGUCAGAUGGCUAAUGUUGGGAUUCAUGAUAACGACCAUGUUUCUAUCUAUGUGGAUAUCUAACACCGCAACGACUGCCAUGAUGGUACCCAUUGUCGAAGCAGUUAUGGACGAACUGAGAAAACACGCAGAAAACGAAAAGUGCUUUCGCAGUAAAGACGAGAAUGUCGUGCUCUACAUUCCAACACAGAACAGGAAAGAAUCUGUAAAUACAAUAGAUACCAUUCCUAAUACAUUAGUUCAAAGUUCAGAAGAUUCUCUCACAAACGGAAAAGAAAUUAAUUACAAAACAUUAAACAAGGCAUUGCUCUUGAGCGUAGCUUACGCAGCAAAUUGUGGAGGAACGGGAUCUCUUAUCGGUUCCGGACCAAAUUUAGUUCUCAAAGGAUUCAUGGAAGAUACCUAUCCAAAAUCAAUUGAAUUAACGUUUGCAUCUUGGUUGUUCUACAAUGCACCCGCCAUGAUCGUAUGCGUCAUUUUAUCUUGGAUUAUUCUACAAAUUAUGUUCGUUGGAUGUUGUAUCACUACCGAUAAAGAUGCACAGAAUGUAAUUAAAAAUGUUAUUCAAAAAUCAUACGAAGAAUUAGGAAGUAUUAGUUUUCACGAAAUUGCAGUUCUUGGUCUCUUUACAAUAUUAGUAUUUUUGUGGUUCUUGAGAGAACCACAGUUUAUCACGGGAUGGUCUUCUUUAUUUCCUUAUGGAUCAGGAAUAAGAGAUGCUACUCCAGCCAUUGCCGUAUGCCUUUUUCUGUUCGUAAUACCAGCGAAACCGAGUAGUAUGAAGACCAGUCCUUCACUAUUAGACUGGAAAACUGCUCAAAAGAAGAUACCUUGGGGCAUUCUAUUACUGCUAGGAAGUGGAUUUACUGUGGCCGAAGCUUCUAAGAAAUCGGGACUUUCCACUUGGUUAGGAAGUCAGCUUAUUCAUCUUCGUUCUCUGUCUCCUCAAGUUGUGUUACUCAUAUUAGUUUUCGUAACGUCAGCUUUAACAGAGGUAGUAAGCAACAUGUCCAUUACUACAAUAGUUCUUCCUGUUAUUAAUGAAAUGGCAGUGGCCAUCUCUAUUCAUCCUCUGUAUUUUUUAUUACCCGUGACGAUCGUAUGUUCCUUUGCUUUCAUGCUUCCGGUUGGAAAUCCCUCCAAUGCCAUUAUUUUCGACAGCGGUGCCAUGACGUCUUUCGAUAUGAUGAAAGCCGGUGUUUUUUUGAAAUUCUUGUGUUGCGCUAUCGAAUUCGCUUUUAUUAACACUUUAGGAUCUUAUUUAUUCUAUUUCGACACUUUUCCUUCGUGGGCAAACGAAACUCGAUCUUCCAUUUAUACCUCGAUGUCAACGCUAACGAAUUCCACGUCCAGUUUAUUUAGACACAAGAGAAGAGACAAAAUGUUCGACUCCGUCCGUUUUUUAUUAAAAACUAUUCCGUGGAGAAUGCUGGUGUUGAUAACUCCUUUUAUUUUCCUUCCUCUUCCUCUCCUCGCUGGAACUAAAGAAGCGAAAUGUGGUUACGUCAUCGCUAUCAUGGCAAUGUAUUAUAUGACAGAAGUUCUCCCUCUCACCGUAACGGCUCUCAUACCGGUUGUUCUCUUCCCUCUUUUAGGAGUGUUAAGUACACCGGAAACAUGUACACCCUACAUGAAAGAUACAAUCAUGAUGUAUCUCGGUGGUCUGACUAUCGCAUCUGCCGUAGAACAUUGCAAUUUACAUAAGAGGAUUGCUCUGAAAGUCCUUCUAACUGUGGGUACUGGAGUCAGAUGGCUAAUGUUGGGAUUCAUGAUAACGACCAUGUUUCUAUCCAUGUGGAUCUCCAAUACCGCAACAACCGCUAUGAUGGUGACUAUAGUUGAAGCUGUUAUGGUUGAAUUGGAAAAUUAUACGAAAAACGAAAGUUAUCAUCAAGAUAAAGAGGAAAAUUCAACGAUUUGCAUUCAGCUUGAGAACAGGAAUGAAUCUUCAAUUACAGUUGCGAUUCCUAACACAUUAAAUCAAAGCUCGGAAAAUUCAAUUGAUAAUAACAAAGAAAUGAAUUACGAAACGUUGAGCAAAGCGUUAUUCUUGAGCGUAGCGUAUGCAGCAAAUUGUGGAGGAACGGGAUCUCUUAUCGGUUCCGGACCAAAUUUAGUUCUUAAAGGAUUCAUGGAAGAGUAA